AUGACGGUACGAAACACGGCGAACCUAAUCGCCAAUAUCAAUAAUGGUAUCAUGGUAGGCCAGAACUUCGGAAAUAUCAACCAUGAGUCCGGAUGUCAUACCGAUGAGCAGCGAUUCGCCAAGUGUACCAAAGCGCUCUGGGUAACAGACCCUGAUGUCGACCGCGAUUAUGUCGUGAACACCAAGGGUAGCCCCGUUACGGGCACGUGCGACUGGCUUUGGCGAGACGAAACCUUCUCGGAGUGGCUGAACGGGUCAUCAUCCAAGACCCUAUGGAUUGCGGGUGGACCUGGAAAAGGCAAAACAAUGAUUUCGGUUCAUAUCACGGCCUUGCUCGAGAAACGAUGCAAUGUUCGCAAUCAAGUCUUCGCUUACUUCUUCUGCGACCAUCGGGAUACAAAUCGCAAUUCGGCCUGUGCAAUCCUCCGCACUCUAAUACAUCAAAUCAUCGACCAAAAACGAGGUCUGCACAGCAAGGUCUACCCCUACGUUCGGGAGGAUCGAAGAGCUGAGGCUACGAUGCAGUCGCGCGAUGCCCUUUGGCGAAUCGUUACCGAGCUACUGCACGAGCAGGAGCUUGAAGGUCUGGUGUAUCUGAUCGACGGUCUUGAUGAGUGCGACGAUGGAACAGCUCGUUGGUUGGCACAGAAGCUGUCCAAUCUCCAUACCGAUAGCCCCAACAAGUGUAUGAGAAACGUGAGGAUCCUCGUUGCAAGCCGGAAUAUUACAAGCAUGAACUUUUCGUCCAAAAUCGACCUAGACACUAUACAAGACCCGGGCUACAACGAGAGUAUCGCCAGAUUCAUCGAUGCGCGAGUAGCUGAAAUGGCAACUCAGGUGCCCGGUUGCACACGAGCGCUACAAGAUCAAGUCAAACGAAUCCUACAAUCACGCUCUGGCAACUCGUUCCUUUGGAUUGGUUGCGUAAUGGACGAAUUGACCAUCAAAGAGACGCCUACAGAGAUCGAGAGUUCAAUAGCCGAGUUCCCUACCGGACUUCGCCCUCUCUAUAACCGACUCCUUCAUCAGGAACAUCUAUUUGAGUCGAGCGCGGAAGACGACGCCGAGAUUCGGCUAUUUUUCGGUCAAGCAGAUGAAGUACACCACCAAAUCGCGCACACAUGCUUGGACUAUCUCUACAAUAAUCUCUCGGAUAAAGAAUACUGGUUCUGCGAUGAUGAAGAUACAAAUACGCGUCUUCCUCUAUUAUCAUACGCCACAAUCUACUGGCCAACCCAUGCCAGACUCAUCAAAGCAGAGUCAGAAGGCCUGGCUAUGGAUCUGCUAGACAGCAGAGCCGAUACUUUCUUCAAACAAGGUGGCAUGGCAUUCACCAGCUGGUGGUGGUCAUCCCAAAUGGUAAGAAGUCCUUCAAUGAAACGGGAACUGCCUGCCCAGUUCGGUGAUCCCGAAAAGGGUCCUUCCCUCAAGGAGCGGGAGACCAUCCACCCAACGCAUCUUUCGGCAGCUCUAGGCGUGCUGCCGUGGAUGGUCUACUUCUCUACCUUUCCCGAUGUACCGCGUUCAAUUGUCGUAAACCUCUUCGUGAAUCCAGCAGGGCAAUCUCUACUGAAUUAUGCUGCCCACGGAGGUCACGAAAACGUGGUCAUUUGGUUGUGUGAUCGGGGCGCAACCGUAGACGAUAGAUCAGUUUUUGCCGCUGCCAUUGAGGGUCAUGCCGGCGUCCUGAAGGCUCUUCUUGAUCGUGGAGGUCGCCCAAAAGUCAGAGCAUACAAUCCUUCGACUAAGAAAUACGAGAAUGAAACGGCACUCUGGGAUGCGUGCGGUCAAGGUCUAGAAGACGUCGCGCAUGUACUACUAGAUGCCGGCGCUGAUCCAGAUGAGCUCAAUCCCGCGCCACCAAAUUUGAUCGAGAUGUUGCUUAAGAGAGAAGUUGACAUGACCAUGUCUCUUCAUAUUGCGGCUAAACACGGUUCCCUUCGGGCUGCGAAGUUGCUUAUCGCAAAUGGAGUAGAAAUCAACGGCACCGACGAACAAGGAAAGACACCGCUCAUCGUCGCAGCUGAGAGCGGGUUUGCAGAGGUUUUAGAGCUGCUACUGAAGAACGGGGCAUCCGCCGAGAUUGCGGAUCGGGAUGGCAAUGAUGCUCGUAUGAGUGCUGAGGCCAAAGGGCAUGCACAUGUAGUUCGCGUCAUUGAUGAAUGCGCUGUCAAGAUGGAGAAGUAA